AUGAAGCCAUGUGACUUUCAGGCGCUCCUCUCUUUCUUCUCAGCGCGAGUACUACACAAAGGACCGAGACUUUUACUGCAACUUAUCGUCGGGUCAACUCUCAUCCUCGCCACUCUACUCGUCAUCAGCAGGGGCUUUGGCGAGGAACUAUCCUCAAACGAUCUCUUUCGUUGGUCUGAAAACCAAAGUGACGACAUCAAGGACGAAAAGGCACACUACGAGUUUCAGUCGCAACAACAACCUGGCGGACUCCGCGUCGUUGUCUUUGGAGAGGAUGAUGUAGCGACUCCUGCUUGGACGCGGGGAGAGAAGGAGAUGCGGUCUCCUGGCUGGACCGAGCUUAUGUGCCGCGAGUUGAACUGCUCCCACUACCUCUCCUUCAUACCACCCAACCUUCACCCGCCGGCACACCCCCUCAUCUCGAACGAUAUCUACGUCGAAGCCGUUAGGCAGACGAUCAAGAACACGACGAAGCUGAAAAAGUCCCAAGGUCCAGGCUACGACUACACCUUUCAGCCCCGACUGUUCCCCGUGUCUAAAGCGUUACCAGACCUGAGUGCCCAAGUGACGGCCUUCCUAGAAUUGCAAAAUACAACCACCCUCCCCAAAGCGAAUGAGACCCUCUGGGUCUUUAACUUGGGACAAUGGGACGUCUGGUCACUAGCCACGCUCCCCAUUGCCACAGGCAAGGCGGUCAUUGAUCAGCUAACCGACCAUGUGAUUGAGCAAAUGGAGCGUCUCUAUGAGAGCACCGUAACGAAUGAUGCCACCGCGGUGUCGGCCAACUCUAACCAUCUCUCACGCAAGACCAAUGCUGAUCCGAUCAAGAUCAUAGACCCAGAAGUCUACAAAACUAACUCCGGCGUGGCCACCGAUCCCACCUCUGGCUCUGCACAAAAGGCCAAGACACAAAACUCGUCGUCGAAACCCGAGACCUUCCGCGUCUUUUUUCCCAGCCUAUUUGACAUCUCCAUGGCUCCCGGGUGGAACUCCAACCGCCCGGAAACACCGCAUCCGCAUUCGAAAGCCGAGCAGAUGCGCAACGCGGCCAAGUUGGCGGACACCUGGAACCAAGUCAUGGGGGAUAAGCUGUACGCGUGGGUGGAUAGAUCGGAUGUCAUUGCGCCGGAUGAGUUUUAUCUGGAUGCAGAUAAAGCAGCAGAUACGUCACUUGAUGGUCAGAACAGCGAAGAAGAAGAAGAAGAAGAAGAAGAAGACGGGAACGGGACAAAACGUAGCCCUACCAGCGGCAAGAAGAAGACAACAACAAGAUCUGCCGAAAACGACGUCGUUAACCCCAACACGAUCACGAACACGAACAUGAACCCGAAGCCCAAAAAGCAGCCGCCGCCAGUGCGCGACUUCAUCACCUACGACAUGGUCGACUACAUUACUUCCGCCCUGAUAGAAGGCCAACUGCGCAGCUCUGGCCUCAGCGACGGGAACGGCCUGGGCCAAAAGCCGAUGAACAAUUGGUACAAGGAAGUAUGGGAGCCUUGUGUGAAGCCGGUCAAGUCGGAGACGGAGCUGGUGGUGGACUUGGAGGACGAGGGGUUGGUUAUGCAGCAGUCAACUACAAAUUCUACUACAAACUCGACAGAUUCUCAGACGGAAACGGAAACUGCCACGGAGUUGAUGAAGGCUUUUGCUGAAGCUGCUGCUGCUGCUGCUGCUGCUGAAGCUGCUUCUGAUCAAGCCAAAGAAGCAGGGGUAGAGUCAAAGAGGAGGACGACGAGGAGGACGACGAGGAGGAGGACGCAAGAAGUAACCACCACACCGGAAGUGGAAGCGGAAGGGGCAGCAGCAGCAGAAGAAGUAAGAGAAGAAGCAGGAGAAGAGAGGACAGAGACGGUCUGUAACGUCCCGGAUGAUUACCUCUUUUAUACCCCGUUUACACUGGGGUCGAGAGCCAUCAGGGAGAUUGCGAGAGAGGCGGCGGAGAAAGUAAAGAGGGGGGAAUCGUACAGGACAGAGGAGGACGGGAAAGAUGAUGAGGGGCUUUGGGCGAGUGUUCAGGGACAUCAGACAUAG